AUGCCUUUCAAGACUAAGAAGAUCAAAGAGAACCAUGAAGAUAAAAUAAGAACUGGAACCAAGAAAUGUUUCUAUUGGGAUAAACAUCUUGAUCCAUUCUGGACAAAACACUGCGAAGAAGGAAAUGGUAGAAUGAUCAAAAAAGUAAAUCUAAAAACUUCAAAACAAACAGCCCCAACAAAUACAUGUGAAAAAUUCACACCUCAUUCUGCACCCCCAGAAGGAGGACAGCGAGGCCCCUCUUUCGACCCCAAAACUAACAAACUUGGAGCACCACUAUUUUUACCAAGGCCUCAGAAUGUUACAGUAAAUACUGGGGAACAAGCAGUUUUACAGUGUGCCAUUUCAAAUCUAGGAACCAAAACAGUUUCGUGGUUGAAAAAGUCUCCAAAACAACACCCACUUACAGUUGGUACCUACACAUUUAUAGAAGACGCUAAUAUAUCUGUGGUGCAUAACAAUCAAACACACGAGUGGAAUUUGCUCAUUAAAGACGUUCAAAUCUCCCAUUCAGGGGUGUAUGAGUGCCAAGUUAGUUCCUCUAAUAAACUAUCUCGUUUGGUACGACUAACAGUGAAAGAUGGAGUAUCUAAACCAUCUGUUCACAUCAGUGGGACUGACUAUGUGGAGAACACCAAAUCUAUUGAAAUUAUAUGUAACGCCACUAGUGGAGGUCGUCCACCAAAAGAGAUCACAUGGUUUAAAGAUGGAGAAAUUAUUACUUCAGAGACCAAUAAUGAACGGAUACAGAUCAAAUCAGAUGUUCACACGGUUGCACGGGCUUUGAUAAGUAAACUUGUAAUUAAACGGAGUCACUUAGAUGAUGCAGGGAUAUACGUGUGCAGAACAUCUGACUUGAAAGCCACAGAGUUCAAAGUUCAUGUGCUUAAUACUUAUGAUGUGGUCGUUGUGAGGAUUGCAGACCCCGUAAAACUUCAGUGUAACAUUACCGCUAGCCACAAGAAUCCGCAAGCUACUGCUAUCCUUUGGUUCAAGCAAGAUAAGCUCUUCACACCAAACUCUAAGGCGAAAAUAUUUAUCAAUCAUUACUCUUUGCAACCACAAGGAAUGCUUCUCAGUGUCUUUUCUAUCAUACACGCUAAAUAUGAAGAUUCUGGGGUUUACAGUUGUAAAACUAGCAAUUUUAAUGAGAUCCGCCGUUUCAAAGUGGAGGUUAUAGGAUCUAAUGCUAUUGAUAACACGAGCGCGUCUGUUAGAAGAAGGCACAACGAUGGAGGUCAUAAAAACCACAAUGACAAACGUAGUGAAGAAAGUAAUUUUUCACCACAACUACUCCCAUUCAGCCUAUUUUGUGUCUUGUUAACCCAAGUGAUAUGUUGGGGUCUCAUCAAAUUUAUAUCCUGACCAUGAAGCUUACGGGAAAGAUGAACAGAAUGGAGAGGAAGGAUAGAUGGGAAUACAGACUUAAAAAUAAAGAAAAACACACCAGUUUAUAAGAUUUAUAAACAGCCUAAAAAAAGUCAGAAGCAACAGCAGAUUUUGAGAGUAUUUUGCACACACAGAUGGCUGCCAAACCGAAGAACAUCUUUUAUAUUGGAACUUAUAUAUACUUUCACACAUACUUACAAAUGCAUGCAUACAUACUCAUAGGCUGAAUAUAAACAUGUAUGUGUGCAUUAAUAAGAUUUUUUUUGCAUAAAUCCUAACAAAUAUGUUAAGAUUUACAUACAUAUAUGUAUGUUUAUAUAUGCAUACAUAUGUAUGCGUGUGUGUGUGUGUGUGGUCCUUGCAGUAGAAAAUGGUGAGCUCUUAGCAUAAGUUUAGCAAACUGUAAUACCCAGAUUCAUCAAGAGAACAACACUGAAUGACAUUUCACAGCUGUUGCUAUUACCAUCCACUGAAGCAUCCUGUAACUAAAUGUCGAUUGCUGCAUAGAGCACACCGGUCUGUCUCAUCACUAUCAGUCCUCCUAUGCCCUUUGACCUGAUUUGCUUUUUUUUUUUUUUUCAUUUUGAUUUAUUAUAUUUAGCAAACUAGUUUAAACUGUGUCAUCAUCCCCACAGAAAAAUUUUAUAUAAUCCUUUCUUCUCUCUCUCUCUCUCACACACAAUUACUACUAAAUGAAAUUCAAUGUUAUUGCUGGAGAUUUUUCUGUUAUAUGGUAUUGAUAUGCAAUAAUUACAGCAACAUUGUCAUUAUUAGUAGCAAGCUAGGUAAGAACCAUAUACAUAACUAUUUAACUAUGUUCUGUUAUGAAAGAUUGCUGAUUUUUAUUCGACUUCUCUAAAAGAAUUAAACAGAAAUUACUGAA